UGUUUUGGCGAUGGCGGGAUAAAUCUUGAAUUUCAUUGUUUGAAUUUCUUAUUAGGGUUUAGUAAUCUUAGUUGAAUAUUGAUUAUUAGGGUUUUAUAAUUCUUUUAUUAUUUCAUUUAGGGUUUAGUAAUCUUAGUCAUAAAUUUUGUUUUCCUUGAUUUUUUUUUUUUCUUUUCGCAGAUGGAGAAUGCGCAAUUCGAGUUAGUUUUUGAGAAAUAUCUUACUGCAUCUGAUGUCAAUUCUUACUGCAUCAUCUUUCGAGAAGAAGUUGAAUAUUUUAGAACAAUGUUGCAUCCGGAUGAUAGACAAAAAUUAUUGGCUGGAAAAACAAUUUUUUUCUUGGCACAAGAUAAUAAUAAUCUUUGGCGCUUUAAAUGCAAAUUAAAUGAUAGAAAUGAGGGUAAACUAUUUGGGCAGUGGAACAGAUGUGUUGAAGUUAAUAACAUCGUCGAGAAUACCCUCUUAAGAUUUGAGUGGGCGGCAGCCGAUAAAAGGGCUAGGCUUACGUUUCAAUUGCCAAUUGUAUAUGGCGGAUUACAAAUGGAACCCAAUCCGAUUACAGAUCUUAUUGACUUCGAAAAUCUGGAACCUGAAAAUCUGGAACCUGAAAAUCUGGAAAUGUUACCCAAUCCGACUCCAAUUCAAGCAAUGGGUCCGAACCCAAAUGAAGGAAUUGGUUCUGAUUCUAUCGACAGUUUGACAGCUCUUAUUGACUUCGAAAAUCUGGAACCUGAAAAUCUGGAACCUGAAAAUCUGGAACCUGAAAAUCUGGAAAUGUUACCCAAUCCGACUCCAAUUCAAGCAAUGGGUCCGAACCCAAAUGAAGGAAUUGGUUCUGAUUCUACCGACAGUUUGACAGCUCUUAUUGACUUCGGAAAUCUGGAACCUGAAAAUCUGGAACUCAAUGCUCCACUCAAUAAUGAAGCUGGAUCAGGAUUCUUUGAAGGGGAAUCUCUACCUCCUCAAUCGGGAGCAGUCAACUCUCUCAAUCAAGCUGUAUCAUUCAAUACUCUAGGGGAUGUUGAUAUGGUCAAUAUGAAUGAAAGUAAUGCUCCACUCAAUAAUGAAGCUGGAUCAGGAUCCUUUGUACCUACUCAAUUGGGAGCAGUCAACUCUCUUAAUCAAGCUGUAUCAUCCAAUACUCAAGAGGGUGUUGAUUUGGUCAAUAUGAAUGAACGUUUGACCAAGAGAAUAAAGACUAUGCAAGGUACAAUUCAAGAGUGUCUCGGUGUGAUCGCUCCAUGCAUAUCAAACAUACAAUCCGAGACCGGUAAGAUGGCAGCAGCUCUACAAGAAUUGGAGAAGCUGCUGGCUCCUUAUGACCCCUCAACGGUCUAAAUGAAAAUAUCUGUCUUUCGAACAAACUAGGAUUCAUGUUUCUGUGUACAGUAUCAAUUGUAUAUUUUUUUUCCAGUUUGAUUAAUGUUACCGGUUGAUGCACCAAAUAGCAACCUGCCCCUAUUGUUACAUGAGAAAUGUUGAUGUCUCACUUGUAAUUACACCUUGUUAACACUUAUAAAAACAUUAAUUUUGUUAUAUGACAAAUGCAACUUUCGAUUUUUCUCCA